UAUAGAGUCCAGUCCUUUUUCGAAAAGAUGCCGGGCAUGUUUGUGUUGCGUGCCGAAUUUGAGCAAGUAGAAGCUCGAUUGCUUCAAGCUGAAAAGGAGCUACAGAUGCAGGCACAGAAAAUGCAAGAGCUGCAGGCGAACUUGGAGAUGCUUCAGUCCACAAAGCCAGCACAGCCUGCCAUGCAGCCUGCCAAGCCCAGUGUUUUUCAGCGGAACUUUACCACCACUGCAGCUCGAGAGAGAUCCCGGACACCUACGGUCCCGUCGGUGAAAGCUGCGUCGGGGCCACGUCAAGCGCCCAUCGUAGCGGGUAAGCCUGUUCUAUCAGGCGAGGCUUCUAGCCUCGUGGAGGAAUUUGCUGGGCAAAAUGGCCUGGAUGAGAAGUGUGUCGAGGCACUUCUGGCGCAGACACCCCAAGUGCAGAAUCAUGUCAUUUUGCAAGGCCCUGCUGAAGGCCGAAAUCCUUCAGCUAUGGUGAUGAGCAGGAUCUGGAAGGCUCAGAGGGAACUUCCAGAUCUAGCAGCGCAGACGGAGUUGCAGGCACAGGUGGAAACCUUCAUAGUAGAGAACUCUUUAGAUGAACAGUGCUCGGAGGCAUUGAGAAGUCAAUCUACGGAGUGCCAGGUGGCAGUGCUGGGCCAGGGCCCUGCCAGCGGCCGGAACGCCUCAGCCAUGGUCACUGGACGCAUGGCCAAAUUUCAGAAAGGAAUCAUCUGAGAUCAUCAUCGGCCCUUGAGUGUAUCAGUUUGACAUGGGAAACAAGAUCGCAGGGAGUCAAGAU